AUUGCUUUGAUGGCGGCAAACAUCAAAGGUGGGAAUAGUGCCGUUGUACAAAGACAACAGAAUCCUGGAGCAGCAUUGGGUGCUAGCAUUAUGGAAUCCAUCAAGCAACUUUCAGAAUUUGUAAAAAGUCUAAACAAAAACAGGAAAUCAAAUUCGGAUUUAAUCCGGCUAUACGGUAUUGUAUUUAAACAGGCACUGAUAAUUCUGACAAGAUGCAUGGACGAUAAGUACUAUAAUACCAGUACCAUUAGCUGCUGCUUAGAUUUGAUUAACGAUGCAUUCGAAAAAUUGGAUAAUAAAGAUUCGAUUGAUUUUGACCAAGUUUUGUGGAUGAUAAACGAUAGAUGCGUUAUGAUUGCGGAUAAAAAAACCAUUAACGUCAUAUUGAUGGAAAAAAUCGUCAAAUAUAAUACACGUUUUAUCAGUUUUAUGCUCACCGAUAUAGUGCGCAGAAAAGAUAGAAAGAAGUGA